UGUGUCGUUUCACUGGUCCUGACGAUGGCAGGAGGUUGGAUGGUGGGAAGCGCUGGGCACGGUUCUGCGUUCUGUGAGGACUCUGAAUAUUGUCUGAAGAAAAUGAUGCACCCUGUUGCCAGCAGUAAUGCAGCAUUCUGUGGGACGGGCAAGAGCUCUUGCCUUAACGAAGACAGCGUGAGAGCUGCUGACCAGUUUGACUUGUAUGCCACGCAGCAAAGUAAAUACAGCCACGCAGUGAGCCACAAACCCAUCGCGUGCCAGCGACAAGACGCGCUCAAUGAGUCCCACCUGCAGACCACGAGCAGCAGGAAUAUAGAAACAAAAGAUGAACUAAAGAAAAAGAAAAACCUCAACCGAUCCGGUAAACGUGGGAGGCCAUCAGGGACCACAAAAUCAGCAGGGUACCGAACCAGCACGGGUCGACCCCUGGGGACCACCAAAGCAGCUGGAUUUAAGACAAGUCCAGGCAGACCCUUGGGCACAACUAAAGCAGCAGGAUACAAAGUCAGCCCAGGCAGACCUCCAGGUAGCAUUAAAGCUCAAUCCCGGUUUGCAAAUCUAGGUUAUACUUGUGGCAGUGCAGCUUUUCCUUAUCCUAUGGUGCAUAACAGAGGAGUACAUGCUGCUGGUGAAACUAGCAGCAAACUCAAGCAGCCUAACGAAUGAAAGGAAGGAAUUAGUAACUGCUUACUAAUCUGCUUUACUCUGGAUUUUUGGCAUGUUUCUUGCAUUUUAUUGUAGCAUUUGCAUACGUUUGAGUUUCUAGAUUUUAUUUUUACUCAAAUAAUGCCAUAGUCUACGGGUGCAGUUCAGUAACUUUUAAAGCAGUGUCAAGAGGGCACUGGUAUAAAGUCUUUUUUGUUGUUGUUGUUAAGUCACAAUUUAAAAGAAAGUCUGAACUGAAGCAUAGGCCAUGGUGUCUACACCUAUCCUAUAUCACCUAUAUCCAUGUUCCUAGUUUUACGUUCAGUUUUGGGUAAAUCUAGUUUUGUGGUUAUGCAUUAAGUAAUUGAAAGAAGGAGGACAGAAUUAGCUGGCUGCUGGCUCACGAUGGGGCCUAUCUCACCAUAGGGAACUGGUGCAGAUGAGUUCAUACUUGAUAAAGAAAAAGAAACUAUUUGGGACUGUUUAACUUAGAUAAACAGCAGCAGUCUGAAUUCCUGUGCUUUUUUAAAAGGAAUAGAAAGCAAGCUACGUUCUUCACUUCUGCAGGAGCUUCUACAGACCUCAGGCAGAUCCAUAGAAACUUAACAACCAGACCAAAAAAAAAACCAAAACAAAACAAAACAAAAACCCCCCAACCUUCUUUUUUCCAGUGUUUUCUGGAGUUGUAGCAUUAAGUCAAUUUCGAUUAAUGUUCCAAAAAUGUUUAUGAAAAGACAGCAGGAAGCUGAGCGUUGGUGCAGCGCUCUGCAGCGUCACGGCGCUUUAUUCAGCUGAGCUCCUUUGCCUUCAGGUGACAGCUGCUCUGCUUGUUACGCCGGCACAGGAUUCUGCUAUGUAAUUUAGAAAUGCCUAAAUAUAUUUACCAAACCACAGAUAGUUCUUUACGUUUUGAAAUAUUUUAUAAGAAAUUAAGUACUGUUCGUUCUAGUAACGUACUUGGUUAAUCCUAAACAGUACGUCCUUUAUCUGUAAAUAGCUAUUUACACUGGUUUUUGCCUUUAAAAAUCUGUGCUUAGGUGGCGACAGUUUAAUAGCUUUUCAAGUAUUAAUCUAUAAUGUUUACAAAUUAAACUUUUUAAAGAGGCACCGCUGCCAAGUUUUUGGGCUUCGUUUUGCCAGAUAUUCCUGGAAAUACAGUUACUGCAUUGUUGGACACUUAGGCUAUAUUUAAGUUAUGGAACGUUCUAUAUCUACCAAAGGACACCAUUUUCAUGAUUUAUAAAAGCAAACUGUAUAGCUGAUGCAAACAGGAUGCAGUUUACUGCACUGCUAGACCCCAGAGAUGAAGUAAUUCAUAGGAAUUCAUCUAUGCAUGCAAGCUGAAAAAAAAUGUUGUUGGUUGACUAUAAAUACCUUUCUUGACUCAAACUUAAGCCUUCCCUCUUUGCAAAAGAAAUGUUCCAUUUUUCAGCUGGGUGUGUUUAAUUUAAGUGUGGGAGAGCGCAUGUAUGUGUGUAAUGUACACAUACUUUAAUCUAGUCUUCAAAAAAAGAAAAUCAAUCCUCAAUGUUGCAUAUUGUUUGUUCUAAAUUUACUUUUACUGGAAUCCGAGCUUUUUUUUUUCCACCUGGAAGAAAGUUUCUAUUUAAGCAGUUUGAAGCAAAAUGUGACUGGAUGAUAAAUUUGUAGGCUCGUGCAUCCGGGGAGGGGGUGGAUAUAUAAAGCUUGGCGAUCUGGGGAGUGAAAGAAAUCGGGUUAAUUAGUGCUUAUGCUGGACUGAUAACUUUUGUUAACAUAAAUGCUAUUCUGGCCUGCUGACAUUUUGAUGAGAGCUCUUGAUUUCAGUGAUGACAACCUAAGAAACAGAUGUCAUGUUUCAUACCUUUUUUAUCAGGAAAAAAGCAGCAAGCCUUCAGGUGUUCCAGUGAUGCCUAACACAUAAUGAGCUGGACUUUAUGCUGUACUUUACAUAGGUGUGUUGAAUUGUUUUUGGGGAACUGUGUAUGCACUGGCAACUAAGACAAUGAACCUCAACUGUACUGGAUGGCUCCUUAGUCGAUGUAUGAAUUAACGGCAGCUAAACUGCUACUAAAAUAGUUUCUUCAUGCUGAAGCUAUGAAAUCCAGUGAUACUUUCUGUUCCUCAGCAAACUCACAAGUCUGAAAUUUAGCGGUUUCUCAGAACGAUGUAACUUCUGACACAUGCAAAAUGCUAACGUGAGUUAAUUCACCCUCAGGAUCUGUGUUGUAUUGGCUGUUUUUAAUCAGAUGGUUUUUCAACAAAAGACUGCUUUAAGUUCUUACCUGAACUCAGCUGGGAAAGCAGUCCUCUUCAGCUGAAUGUAGUACCUGCAGGAGCGUCACACCUCGCUGGCAAGGAACGUGUUGCAUGUCACCACUGUCCCUUGGAGAAACUCCACUUACCUCCUCUGUUUAUCUGGUUUGCUCCUGUUCCACUUCUCACUCGUGCAUCUACUCGAUGGUGCUGUGCUGUGUGUCAGGAGAUGAUGCAGCUGUAUCACUGUUCUGCUAGUAUAAUGAAUUUUUAAUUGAGUAUGCUGAUGAAAUAAUGAAAUCAUCUAAGCAAUUUCUGUUCAUUACACUGUUUAUUAAUUAUAUCAAAUGAAAUGUAAUCCCAGAGGGAAAAAAAACCAAACAAACAACAGUUAAUGUUGUCAAUUGUGAAACGAGGAGCAUAAAGUAGGAAAGUGUUUGCAGAGUCUGUACAGGGCUGCGUGGCACCUGGGAUGUGGCAAGGAGACCAGCAGAGUCCUGCUGGGCAUUUCUUCAUUCUGCUUCAUUUCGAUCUGACUGCAGUCUACUGGUGCCAUGCUGUGAGAGGAAGAGAAAGGAAGGAAGACAUUGGAAGUGAAAGAGGAAUGGAAUUUUCAAAUACUUCUGCUUUGCCUACGUGUAGUCUGCAGAAUACAUUGUGCUUUAAUAAAACCCCAAACAACACUUUUCUUUCCACGCAAACACUGAAGCAGCAUGUUAAUGCCCAAACUUUACCAGUACCAGUGGGAAAACUGGACUUUCCCCCCCGUAGUAUGAAAACAUAACUUGUAAGGUAAAUUGCUUAUUUUAUAUUCUAUAUCAUAAUUCAGCUAUUCAUAAGCUAGGAUCACUGUUGUGUGUUAACACUGUUCAGAAGAUCUACAAGUUUGCUUUCUAAUGAUUUCUUUUAAUUAUCAAGUUUCUAACGUCUUAUUUAUACAUGAAUGAAAUGUACUCACUUGCUAUUACUCCUUGAUGAUGCUAUACAAGUUCACUGUUUAAUACACAUAGAGUAACGACUAUUCAGCUUCUGAUUAAAUUUACUUAAACUUUAAAACCAAAUAGUUUUGCUACUAUAAAGUCUUGCACUGGACAUUUCAAGAUGAUAGCACCAUAUUUUGGCAGGAAAAAAACAAAACAGAUACCAUCCAUCAGCAGAGGCUAACAGUGAAAUUGAGUUCAGUACUUUUAAAAUCAGCUGUUAGCCUUGUUGUUAAAGCAGCACUCUUUAUAUCUUGGAUUUAGUUCAAUCAAAAUAACUACGUAUCAAGAGCCAUUUAAGAUCUCUGUUUUGAAGGAAUAGAUUUUCACUUCGUCUGAAAGAGCUGAGAGUUUGGUUGGGACAAAACCAAGCCUUGUCAGUGAAAAGUAAUGUGUCUAUGAAAAGAAUUACUUGGAACUACAGUACACAGAGUAAUUCAGAUGUGAAUUGAACUCCCUUCCCCCUUUUUGAAGAGCUUUAAAAGGCAGAGUGAAAUGAAGUCAUUUGUCUGCUGGCUUCGUUAACCGAGACUCUGCUAUUCUUUGUUGUAUGUAUAAUAACAUUUCAUGCUAUCCCUAGAGUUGACAGUUAAAGCAAUUGAUAACAAUCAUAAAUACUUUGACCUGCAGACCUAAUUUCUGACCACAAAAGAAGUUUAUUCUUCUCUAUUUUAAUGCAUAUAUUUUAACACUGCUUAAAUAUAUUUAUGACUUUAGUAGAGACUAGACUUUUCUCUUUUAAGUUUUUUUUUCAGAUAGAUAAAUCUGUAUUCUGAAGUUUGGAACCACUUUCUGAUACUUUAACCUUUCAUCGUUUGCUUUUCCACAGGUUUACUUUGGGGAAACAGUAAUCUGUUAAAUAUCUAGUAUCAGCACCCUGUCCUCUGCUGUAAAAAGCCUGAUUAGAUACUGUGUAUGUUUUUAUGUCCAUGAACUUGAGCUACUCGUGUGCAAUUAUGUGUAUGGGAAUGGAGUAGUGUUCAUGAUCUGUAUUUACAUCAUCAUAUGGAUGUAUAUUUAUUAAUAAAGUUAAUACUUUACAACCUAA